GUUAGCAAACACCUGGUGGCGCUGCUGAGCUCGUUACAGGAGCUGCUUGUCAGUGAAACGCUGCUAAAAGCGUUAAAGGGUUAAUCGAGGAGCCAUGUUGGGAUGACUUCCUGGAGGCGGAGCUUCAGACAGAGCAGGAAUUUUUAAAGAGACAGAGGCGUUAAAUUUCUUUUAAGUAAUAUUUUAUACAUAUAUAGUAUAUUUAUAAGAAUUGAAGGUAACAAAUUGCUAUAAAACGUCAUUACGUGCCUGGAAAAGACAUCAGAAACAUUAUAAUUUCUGGAACAGCUGUAAUAAAAGCAUUAAACUCAUUUUGCAGAGCAUCUUCAAACUAAGAAAGAUGUUUUUUUUGAUUUUCUAAUGUAAAUCUUAAAAUUACCCAGAGUGUGAGGAAGUGCUGAGUGAUGGUGAAUAAAAGUGAAUCUGUGAUUAGCGGCUCAGCCUCCACGCCCAGACGCUCCUUUCUUCCUGCUCAUCCAUGCAUGCAGACGCCGCUCCGCCUGCGCGGCCAUCAGCGUGGAGGACGCCGCUGCGCCGCGCCCUGAUCCCGGCAGGAACCCGCUCCCACUCGGGCCUCAGAACCAGCAUCCUCUCUGACCCGUCAAUAAUCAAUAACGGCAGCUCGCAGUGCCUGACCCAGUUUUCCUCCGGCUCCAGGUCCCGCUGCUCCUCGGUGAUCAUGUCUUCCUCCUCCUCUUCCUCGCCGCUGCCCUACUUCUGCCCCCGCUGCGGCGACCGGAGCCGCUUCCCGUCUGUGGCUGAGCUCCGGGCUCACCUGGUCAGCAGACACACCUAUGAGACCCUGCUGGUCCUGUCCCAGGCCCGGCGUUCUGGACCUGCUCUCCUGCCUCUUCCUGGACCAGCAGCGGCCCAGAGCGAAGCGUCUCCUCCCAACAUGGAGGCGCAGGGUUUCCCCCUGCCGCUGGCCUGCCUGGACCUCGCCUCCUCGUCGGCCUCCGUCCAGCUGCUCCGGGGAAUCUUCGGCCCGCCGGACCGGCCCGGGCAGGAGCCCUGCACCGCUCUGGCCCGGCCCGGCUCUCUGGUUCCGGGGGCUUCGGGUGUCCUGGACUUCAGGCUGACGGUGGACAUCGGCCUGGAGGAGCGGCUGGGACUGGGACUGGACCGGAAAAUCAGCCGGACGUUUGCAGAGGUGGAGGAGAAGGUGAACCGGCGCGUCGGGAGGCUGAGGGCGGAGCUGCAGAGGAGGGAGGCGGAGCUGGAGCGGAAGAGGAGAGAGAGGGAGCGACUGCGGAGGGAGAAGGAGGAGGUGGAGGAGAGGGCGGCCUACCUGUCCAGACAGGUGUCGGUCGCCAUGGAGAUGACGGAGCGCCUGAAGACGAACCUGGCGGAGAGAGAGACAGAGCUGAGUGAGCGACACCAGUCAGUAUCCUUCAGGGCUUUUCUUGUGGUGGAGUUACGGUUUAUUUCAUGUUGCCAGACCUUUUCUACCUCAUCAAAGAGUCUCACAGACUUACGGCAGGUGUUCAUCGAGUCGCUGCUGGAGCGAGCUGACCGAGCAGAAAGGCAGCUGCUGCUGCUGCUCGGCAACAACCACUUCGCUCACAACAGGUUCCGGUACGGCGAGCCGAACUCGCCCUCGGAGGUUUACUCACCCGGACCUGGACGCAGCCUGGACGGCAGCACCGACGACGUCAUCGCCAGCGAGAUGCAGCAGAGCCUCGGCAACAGGGUGGACUCAGACAUUUGCACUAGAAAUAUGUGUGACACGUCUAUGUCUCAUCAGAGAAGCUACAGCGUCUCCAGCUCCUACAGGCUGGGAGAGCCGACGCAUCGCCACAGCGGCCUGAGUGAUCAGAUGCGGACCUUGUCCCUGGGCUCGGGGGGCUGGGACAGCGAGGGAGGACGGGUCCACUUCCACCCGUCCCACUGCGCUGCACACUGGACUCCGCCGGACGGGGAGGAGUUCAGGCGCAGGGAGAGAGUCUGGGUCAGUGAGGAAGGAUGGGGAAGAACCUGGAGCAAAAGAAACCUUCGUCACCACAGCACUGAGGAAGAGGAGGAGGAGGAGGAAGAGGAGGAAGGUCUGUGGAGCAGCGCUGAGAUGAGGCGCCUCAUUCUGGCCAGGAAGUACACACCUGGAUCAGACACACCCUCCUCCGUUGGCUCCACCCCCUCCCGUUGUCAUGCCAACAGGACGCCGGGCGCGGACACCCUGAGGAUGAGGGCGGGGCUCUUCUGCGUCUUCCCGUAUCUGGAUGUUCGCUCGCUGCUGCUGGCGGCCGAGGUGUGCUGUGAUUGGCGGUUUGUUGCUAGGCACCCAGCGGUCUGGACUCGCCUCCGACUGGAGAACGCUCGAGUGUCGGCCGAGUUCUUGCAGACUCUCUCUCAGUGGUGUACUCAAACUCAGUCCGUCAUCCUCAACAACCUGAAGCCGCGAAGCCGCCGGCCCGACGAGACGCGAGAGGAUUACGGUGUGUGUCUCAGGGGCAGCGUGGAGCCGGGCUUGGAGGCGCUGCUGCGGUCAGCAGGGGGCAGUCUGCUCCUCCUCUCCGUCUCCCGGUGUCCCCACAUCCUCACCGACAGGACGCUGUGGAUGGCCAGCUGCUACUGCAGGAACCUGCAGACGCUCACGUACAGGAGCUCCUCGGACCCGGUGGGUCAGGAGGUUCUGUGGGUUCUGGGUGCCGGCUGCAGGAACAUCAGCAGCCUGCAGGUCGCGCCGUCACACCCCAGCCAACAGCCGACUCGGUUUGGAAACCGGUGCUUGCAGACGAUUGGUCGAUGUUGGCCACGCCUCCGUUGUCUCAGUGUGGGCGGAGCUGGCUGCAGCACUCAGGGAUUGGUGGCUGUUGUGCGCAGCUGCACUCACCUGCAGACGCUGGAGUUGGAGCGCGUUACCGACCUGAGCCUUCAGGUGGCGGCAGAGCUCUGCAGAGCCGGACUGAAGGGUCUGCAGACGCUGAUCCUGACCCACACGCCGGUCAGCGGCCAGGCCGUCCUCCACUUCCACAGUGUGUGCAGCAACAUCAGGUCCAUCGUGGUGGACGUCUCCGUGUCGGACUACUUUGAGGAGCCAGAUACUCAGGAAGCAAAGCACCUGUUUGGAGAGAUUCUCAGCACCCUGAAGGUUCUGCAGACCCGACCCGGCCUUUGCGACGCCCUUCAGGUGAAAGCUGGCGGAUUCUCCUGACCUCCGUCACGCGGUUCUGCUCCCAGGAUCCGACCCGACAGUCCCGACCUCCACGUCUGCGCCUGACGAUGCAGAAAAGGGCAAAUUUAUCUCAUUUACAGCCAGAUUUCAUCAGGAAACCACUUCUUACUGCGUUUGAUAAAAGAAUAUAUUUAUAUUUCUUUCACUUAUGAUGUCAUCUAAAACAGUGUGUGUUUGCUGCUCAUGUUUUCAUCGGGAUAGAUGGAAACAUGAGCAGCGUCAGCAGGUUAAUUUCAUGGCAGCUCAUUCGUGUUUAACGACAGAAACUGAUGGAAAGUUUUACUUGUUUAGCUUCCAAAGUAUGAAAAAAUAUAAAUAAAAGAGACAGUGGUAUGAAUA